CUACAGACGCAUUGUACAUUGGCUGCUGUGGCUGUCUCGCUCUGGAGAGCUUUUCGUUGCGUGCUUUUUUGGAGCUCGGCCCCAAAGCGGGCAGCGCAGCCAAACGAAUGGCAGCAGCAGCAAACAGCAGCUGAGUUAACGGCGCACACUCUCACGCGUUAGAACAGCGGGGCCGCUAAUAUUGUGACCGAGACUGAGCGGCAAUCCCCCGACGUUUGCACAAUACACUUCUUAUUGUGUGUGUGUGUGUGUCGCGUGUGUGUUUUUUUUCGUAGAUUUCUCGGUUAAAAGUUCAAAGCAAAGUGAAGCAAAGCGACAGUAAAAACACACGCGCCACAGAAAAAUAAAAAAAGGUAAAAUAAAGACAGCACCAACAACAGCGGAGACGGCAGCAAGAACAACAACAAUAGCAACAGAAGUAACAGCAGCAGUAGCAGUAGCAACAGCAAAAAGAAAGCAACAGAAGCAGCUUGAAAAUCAAUCGAAUAACACCAGCAGUAGCAGCAACAACAACAAGUUUUUAGUUGUUUUCUUUUGUGUGCGCCAUUCGUGUGCUUGUGUGUGUGUGUGUGUGUUUGCCUGCUCUACGCUUUGGGCGCAACAUUUAUUCUCGGCUUUGUAUUUUGUUUUGCACAUUUCAUCAAGCCAAACCACCUCCAAAAAAGCGCAAAACUAGCUGCGCUCAUUGCAAGGCGACAAUCAGCCCCAGUAAAUUGUCAUAAUAAAAGCUCGAGCUUGCAUGCAAGCUAUAGCGUACAGCAACAAAAACAACAGCAAUAGAAAGGGCAACAGCAGUAGCAUUAGCAAGGCGUGAGAGUGAGAGGGAGAGCAAAGCUUGGUCCAUUGUCCAGCUGCAGCGAAGCAUUGCCUCCGCCUCGGCAGCGCGUAAAUGACGAUGGCCAUGGCACCCACCACAGCAGCGAGCGCCACCACCACCACAACCGCAACCGCCAGCACCAGCAACAAAGCGCCCACACCCAAGCUGAGCAAGUUCAAGUCCUCCUCGCUGGAUAACGAGAUCUAUACGGCAAAUAGACGCAGCACCAUCGCCACCGCAGCCAGCGACUGGAAAGCUUUGCGUGCACCGCUUAAUGGCAGAUCUCCGCAUGUGGGCAGCAGCCCGGCAGCGGGCCAAGGGGGUCAGGCGGGCGGCACGUUAGGCCACAUGACGCGCGCCGCCUCCACCUCGUCGCUGGCCAGCAGCACACGCACCAUGACGAACUACCAGGAGUACAAAAUGGAAAUUAUUAAUCAGGGCAAGUGCCUGUGCGGGCAGUACAUCAGAGCGAGACUGCGGCGUGCCGGGGUACUCAAUCGGAAGGUGAUACAAAGACUACGCAACAUACUGGAGCCAUCGUCACAUGUAGUCUACGAGGUGUUUCCAGCGCUCAACAGCAUGGGCGAGGAACUGGAGCGCAUGCAUCCGCGCGUUUACACUAAUAUCUCCAGGCAGCUAUCGCGUGCGCCGUUCGGCGAGCUGGAGGACAGCGAUAUGGCGCCCAUGCUGCUCAAUCUGGUGGCCAAGGAUCUCUUUCGCUCGAGCAUUACGUGGGGCAAAAUCAUCUCGAUAUUUUCGGUCUGUGGCGGCUUUGCCAUCGACUGUGUGCGCCAGGGCCACUAUGAUUACUUGCAGACCCUGGUCGACGGCUUGGCAGAGAUUAUUGAGGAUGACCUGGUCUAUUGGCUGAUCGACAAUGGCGGCUGGCUGGGUCUGCAGCAGCAUAUAAGGCCGCGUGUUGGGGAAUUUACGUUUCUUGGCUGGUUGACGUUGUUCGUGACCGUUUCGGCUGGCGCCUAUGUCGUUUCGAAUGUCUGCAAACGUAUUGGCUGUCAGCUGUAUUCGUUGUUAUUUUAGUUUCGGGCCAUUUUUUAGUUUUAAUUGUAGUCAGUCAGUGAGAUAAACUUGUAAUCAUUCCUGCUUAAAGUCGUUUAAUAGUUUGUAAAGAGAUCUGUUUAAAGUUUGAUAUUGAUAUUGAUAUUGAUACUUGUUAUAUUGUUGUUGUAAAUAUGCCUAACUUAGUGCCAAUCACAUAGAGCAAAUACAAUAAAUUACAAAA